AUGCCGCCAAAGUUUGACAUCCCAGCCUUCGUGCGAUCGUACUUGGCCAAGGGUAGUAAGUUCAUUCCUGACACGUUCCGCAGCACAGUUCCCAAGGUGCUGCAUGAAGUGGCUUUUUUUGAGAGGAAGUUGCAUCUAGCUGCUUUUUUCAGCGAAAGACAAGGGGUUGCCAGAGUAGACCAUAGCAGAUGUAGGUUGAAAAGCACAUGGGUGCCCCCAGAAGAUCCAGAUGUGGCAAUUUACUGCAGAAUGCUUCGCAGUGAGCUUCAUGGUUAUGUUCCGUCGGCCAAAAACAAGAACUUUGACUUCGUAGAUCGUGCUGCCCGAAAAUGGCUUGCGCGACACAAAGAAGAUGUUGCGGUCGUAGAUGCGGACAAAAACCUGGGAGAUGUAUUGAUCAGCCGUGUUUGGCUGAAAACAGAGUGUCUCAGACUGUUGCAUGAAGCAGCACGAGUUUCCACCAUAGAUGAAUUUCUGCGGGAGAGUGCUGUGUUCAAAUGCUGGUUUGAGAGUUUCAUUUGGCAAAGCUUUUAUUCUGGGAUUGUUUGCAGGCAGCAGGUAGACUUUCUCUUGCAAGACCUUGGUGCGAACAAAGCCGGCACAUUCAGGAUUCGAAUCAAACUGCACAAAGACCCAGUGGUUGGAAGGCCCAUUCUCAACUUGGGCAAGUCUUGGCUUGCUCCAGCUGCAGCCUUUUUGGUCGAAACUUUGAAGCCAGCAGCAACUUCUCUGUCAUAUGUGGUACAAUCUAGUGUGGAGAUCUUGGACUUGCUUUCGGAACUGCGUGUGACUGAAAGUACAUGCCUUGCAACCUUUGACAUUUCAAACUUGUACCCAAGCGUGGACAGAACCCAUUUCAUGACUUGUCUGGCGCGAAGAAUACGGACUUUUUGGGCUGCCAAAGCUUCUUUUGCAAGUUUCUUGAUUACCCUCGUGGAAUUUGUUUUGGGCUUCCAGUUCAUCAACCACAGUGAUCAAAUGUUGCGCGUUGACAAAGGCCUACCUACAGGCUUGUCAGCUUCAGUCAUCUUUGCCAACCUUUAUUUAGCAGAUUUGGACGAAUUUGUUCUGAAUGAAUGCGGAUGUGUUCUGACAUGGCGACGCUACAUUGAUGACGCUUUUGCAUUGCUCCAUUCCCUGUCUGAAAGCGAUGUCAAGUUUGUGCAGCCGCAAUUGAACAAGUGGCAUCCUGCCAUCCAGUGGGAAGUUUCUUUUUCAGGAAAGAGGGUUGUGUUUCUAGAUUUGGACAUCUCGCUGGCUCAGGGGCAGUUUGCGAUCCAGACGUAUCGCAAGUUGCAACUCAGAGGCUUCAGUGUAGCAGAGUGUUCGCAGCUCAUUGAGAAAACACUGCAGAAAUUGUCUUUGCGAAAGCAGAAAGUGAGACAAGAGAACAAGUUCUUUUUCAGACAAACCUACACAAGCACGUUGAACGCCAGAUGGAUUCAACAUGCACUCCGUCGAAAUUGGCAUGUGGUGCAAAGCACCCUGAAAAAACCGGCCAAACCAGUUCUCUCAUUUAGGGUCCAGAAGAAUAUCUUCAGGAUGGAUUUCUGUCGCCAUUGGCUAUUUUAG